AUGGAACGAGCCGAUGAAGAAGCACGACGAACCUGUUGGUCUCUUGACUGGAAACCAGAUCCAUCUUUACUUAGUAGUAAAGAACUAAUUGAUCUAUGUGCGAGCAACGACAAGGCUACCGCAGCAGCAUCGUUUGUUGAACUAUUUGCCCAUCAGAACCCAAUAAUGCAGAUUUUGGAAGCUGGAGAUGUUCUUUUGGAUACUUCGCAAAAGAUCCGGGAUCGACUCACGACUUAUGGUUUAGAUAUAGAUGGAGAGCCAGGCCUGCCUCUCUUCCGUACAUACACCAUCACAAACUCUGGAGCAUCUGAUAAUAACGACAACGACAACGACGAUACCAACACCGAAUCUAGCAGAUUGAUUAGAAGAAAACUAGACACCGCAAAUAGUCUUGAUGAGCAGGGGUUCACGGACUGCCACUAUGACUUUCUUAUUUGCAACGAUCGCAAAUAUCUCCUCACAGCUACUCCACAAGGCCUGAGCAAUAUUAACAGUCUUCUGGAAGAAAAUGCUAAGAUCCUGCUCCUGGAAGAGUUCGUUGUGCUCUCUAAAGCAGAUCUGAACAACCUGGAAGAUUCCACUUCCGCGAAUAGGGACCUUUCUUCCUUAUCAACUUCUGAGACUUACAACAUUGUCGAAUCUGCUGGUAGCGGAAGCACAAUAAUCAUCACUCCGAAUUCAGGUAUCCAGAGAAUAAUUGCCCAAGUCCUCCAAAAGCGACUCUCGAGCGAGCUUGGAUCUCCGGAUAUCGUUACAUUAGAAGACAUCAACCCUGCGCAAUACGAAGGGCGUAACUACAUAUCCUUGCUCGAUUUGGAUGCAUCUGUCUUCCACGAUAUCAGUAACGAUCGAUGGGCCGCGUUCCAACAGAUCUUAUCUACGGCGAAGUCUGUGUUGUGGGUUACUAAGGGCCAGGGUGCUGAUCAGGGCCUUGUAUCUGGAUUGGGUAGAGUCAUUCAAUCCGAAUACCUUGAUCUGCGAUUCGUCGAAGUUGCAUUGGAAGCAUCAACCUCGAAGGACAAGGUGAUCAGUCACAUUCUUACUGUCCUUCAAAGAACCCUUCUUGCAGAAGACCUGGAUCUCGAGACAGAAUAUCGAGAGCAGGAUGGAAAGCUUUGCGUGGGUCGAGUCAUUGAGACUACGACUGUAAAUUCCAUGAUCCGUUCGUCAACUGGCCCCUCUCGCUCUAGUGUACAACAGUUUGGCGCAGACAGCCAGCGAGCGCUUAACCUUUCUAUUGCUUCUCCAGGACUGCUGGACACUUUGCAAUUCGAAGAUGACCCUGAUUAUGCCCUUCCUCUGGGCCCGACUGACGUUGAGAUCAAAGUCUCCUCGACCGGUUUGAACUUCAAAGAUAUCAUCAUUGCCAUGGGCCAGAUUUCUGGAAACAGGCUUGGUUUUGAAUGCUCUGGAAUCGUCAGUCGUGCUGGUCCCCAGGCUGGGUUUGCACCUGGCGAACGAGUGAGCUGCUGUACACUAAGCGGAGCCUACAAGACCUUUGUUCGUACCGAUGCUAGCUGGGUUAUCAGGCUGCCAGAUAAUGUGCCUUAUGCAGAUGCAGCCAGUAUACCGCUAGUGUUUGCAACGUCGUACUACUCUCUUGUUACGGUGGCGAGACUGUCAGAAAACGAGACUGUUCUAAUCCAUUCUGGCGCCGGAGGAGUUGGGCAGGCGGCUAUCCAAAUCGCACAGCGGAUCAAAGCCCAAAUCUUCACCACGGUUGGUUCUCCUGAAAAGAAGAAACUUAUUCAAGAUCUGUAUGGAAUUCCAGAGAGCCAUAUCUUCAACAGUCGGGACACUAGUUUCGCAGAGGAAAUUCAAAAACAUUGUCCGGCUGGAGUCGAUGUGGUGCUCAAUUCGCUACAGGGCGAGCUCCAGGAAGCAUCGUGGAAGUGUAUUGCACCGCUUGGUCGGUUUGUGGACGUUGGCAAGGCGGACUUUGAGACAUCACGCAAGGGAUUGAACAUGAAGCCCUUUUUAACGAAUGUGUCUUUCUCUAGCGUGGAUCUAUCGGUUGUCAUGCGAAGGGCGAAACCCGUCAUGGCGGAGAUUAUGAGUGCCAUCAGGGACUAUAUGACUGAUUCUACAAAUCCUAUAAGCCCCCCUCAACCGCUGCAGGUUUACCAGAUUGGUGAUCUUAAGAAUGCGUUCCGCCGUAUGGCGAGUGGUAAGAGCAGUGGAAAGAUCGUUCUGGAUUUGAAUCCUGCCAGUGAAGUCCCGAUUGUACCAAGUCGAUCUACACGAUAUGAUUUUGACCCUAAUGCUACAUAUGUGAUCGGUGGUGGUCUUGGUGGGCUUGGCCAGACACUGGUCGACUGGAUGGUUGAGCGGAAAGCUAGACAUUUCAUUCUCCUUUCUCGUUCUGGGGCUGCGAAGAACGAAGCAGCUCAGGAAAUGAUUUCUAGACAUGCCGCUAAUGGCGUUGAAAUCAAUGCCCCAAGCUGCGAUGUUGCUGAUGAGAAUGCUGUGAGAUCAGUCUUUGAAAGACUUUCUCAAACCAUGCCCCCUAUCAAAGGCUGUAUCCAGGGCUCAAUGGUUUUACGAGACGGACUUCUCAGCUCAAUGAGCGCUGCGGAUUGGAAUGCUGUUCUUCGUCCCAAGACACAGGGAACAUUGAAUCUUGCUGCCCACCUCCCACGGAAUAUGGACUUUUUUGUAUUGCUUUCGUCCAUCAGUGCUAUCUCGGGUUCUCGUUGCCAGGCGAACUAUUCUGCAGCCAACUCGUAUAUGGACGCUCUUGCACAGGAACUCGUUGCGCAAGGCCGACGCUGCCUCAGCUUGAACCUGGGCGUUAUCAAAGACGUCGGGAUCGCGGCACAACUAGGCACAAAUGCUGCUCUCCGUCGAGACGGGUUCGAGGGACUGACCACACCUGAGCUGCUCGCUCUGCUUGAUUAUGCGUGCGAUCCAAAAUGCCCUCGAGCAACAAACCCACAGCGUGCACAGUUGAUUGCCGGAUUGGGCGCAGCGAUGACGCUGGCGCCAGAGCAUUUCGAAAGCGUGUACUGGACUCGACGAUGCAUGUUCCGCCAACUGCAGGAAGUCAAUCGCAUCACUGCCCAGAACACGGACAGUGGCUCCAACACGUCCUCCAAGGGCGCGGAGAAGAAUUUCGGACGUCUUCUUGCUGAGGCGCCAGAUGAGAAUGCUGCGGCAGAUGCUGCUCUCAAAGGGCUGGUCAAUAAGCUGGCCAACUUGUUGAAUUUGCCAGAAACGGACGUCGAGACACGCACGCCGCUACACAGCUUUGGAAUCGACUCAUUGGUAGCACUUGAAAUUCGCUAUUGGGUCUCGAAAGAGUUGAAAACAGAAUUGAGCAUUUUCGACAUUAUGCAAGCUGGUGGGCUGGCGGGUCUGGCUGGUGUGAUAGCUCAAAAGAGCGAGGCAAGAACAAAGCAAUAG